CGGGCCAGCUCUCCCAUAACCGCCUCCUCAGGAGGUUUGCAGAAAGGGCUGAGGCGACGCACGCGAAGAGCCGGUUUCUCUGUCAGGGCGCGCGGGACAAAAACAAUGGCAAAAGAAACCAGCCCGUGUCGCUUCUUGCCGAGGGCGGUGAGAGAAAAAGAAGCGCGUUGCUGGGAAUUCGCGAGGAUAUGUCACGGAGUUCAUUCAGACGUGCUCAGAAAACCCGAGAGUUGCCCAAGUUGCUGCCAUUCUGCGUGUCAGCGCAAUACUCAAGUGCAGACCCUCUUUUCGCUCCAUGGGCUACUUGCCCCCCAAGGAAGCGCCCCUUUGGUUGGGAUUUAGCGAGAAACCCGCCUUGCAAACCGCCUCGGUGAAAUGCUUUGGACAGAUCCUGCUGCUUUCAGAGCGAUCCUUGCUCGACGGUGCGCGCUCUCCCCUUCCUUGGAGGUUUUGAAGUAAGAGGUUUUUUUAGAUGGCCAUCUGUGAUGGAUGAUCUAGCUGAGAUUCCUGCACGUGCAAGGGGUUGGAGUAGAUAACCCUCGGGAUCCCAACUCCACAAUUCUUUGCAGAGGGUUUUGCCAUUUGGAGCGGCAGAGAAAGUCUGCUCCAGCCCUUUGUCCUGGCAGCCCUGGAAUUCCUCACUUUUCCAAGAUAAACAUUACCCUGGAAAGAUUUACUUUCCCAGACAUAACGCACCUCACACCGUCCCAGUCACUCACCUGUUAACAUGCUCCAGUUGGUCAAUGUCCUCCUUAAAUUGGGGCAUCCAGAACAUGGGCGUAGCCAGGAGGCGGGAGGGGGGCUGCUGCCCCCCUAAAUCAAGUAAAUAAAUAAAAAUACUUAACUGACUAAUUGUGUUGCAGAUAACCCAGUUCUGCCCACCCAACCCAAGCCUGGCCUCCAAAAAAAUAAAUCCUGGCUACGCCCAUGAUCCUGAACUAGUCAGUGUAGAUUAUCCUCAUGGUUUUCUCAACAGUUUCCACUGUGGAAGGAUGUGUGGAUCCAGAAUUAGCCUCCACAGUCACGGACUCACUGGUAAGACCGUGUUCAUGGAAGACAAUCUUACUCGGCUACGAGUGAUCGUCAAAGAAGAAGAAGAAGAAUGGAACUCCUAUGUAUACACUGUACGUUUAGAGCACAUUUGAAGGACAUUAUUUCACCAAAUAAUUACUAUAUAGACACUAUAGUUUGUUACAGGUUGCUGGGAAUUGUAACUGAUGGGUAAACAUCAAUGCCCAGGAUUCUUGGAGGGAAACGAUGUGUUUUGAAUGUACAUUAAAGGUAUAGUGUUUUCACAAGCAUAGACUCUUUUCACAUGAUCAGCCACCACCACCCAUUUUUUAAAAAUGAGACCAGCAUACUCACCACCAGUCUCCUGGCAUCUGACCCAUUCUCCAAUAAUUCGGAAAGAUCACUGUCAGUAGCUCUGAAAUACAGUAAAGUAUAUCAAUACAGUAAAACAUCAAGCCAGCAGAGAAGGCAGUUUAAAACUGGCCUCAAUAGUUGGGAAACACCUAAGAAGAAAGUUUUUAUGAGGGGAACAUACUGUCAAGGAGGAACAAGUUCUUAAAAAUCCCCCAUCCAAAUUCAAAUGGCAGGUUAAAUUCAAAUAGCUGUUCAAUUUUUCUUAUAUUUACUUUAAAAUACUAAAAACAGCUACAGUGCAAUAUUCAAAUAGCAGGUCAAAUGUAUGGUGUUCAGCACAGGCGAGUGAAAACAAUUAGUCUUUAUAGCAACUGUAGGAGUCUGGCAACCAACCAGCCACCUGCCUCUGCUAGUCAAUCGAUUCCUGAUGCAUACCCCUGUCUGAGCCCACCGUAUUUCAGAUGUGUUUGUUCCACAAAACAGGUGCCAUCGGAAGCCCCUUUAACACCCUGUAUGUGCUGUAAAAUGAAAAUGUUCAGAAGUCAUUAAAUAUAUAUAUAUAUACUUGGAAAGAUAGUGCUACACAGAAUCAAUGCUACACACACACACACCCAACUUAAAAAAUGAUUGCUUUGGGGUUUCCAGUAUUCAUUGCAACUGUAGUUAGGCUGGAAGGAAAAACCCCUGCUUGCUCUCCUAAAUGAACCUGUCAUUAAUUGACAAACAAAAUGCCUAGUAAGCUGUCUUCAACCCUUGUCAUGUUGACACCUUUCCAUUCAUUCUGAAUAAUUCAGACAUCCGGGAGGGUAAGAAAGAAAUUGGCCUGCCCAGAGUGAUGCUGAAUGCAAUGUCUGUACUCAGAUUACUAUGUAGAAAGCAAACACUCCAUAUCAUUUGGCGUAGAUUUCCCCACCUCCAACCCCAGUAAUCUACAUCAGGGUUGCCAGCCAGCCAAACAAAAUUAGCUUGGCCUACUCUUCUGUCCAUGAUUAAUAACUGCUUAAAUGGAUUAAUAACUCUUAAAUGGACAGUCAGACUGGAAGGGACCCUGAGGAUCAUCUAGUCCAACCCUCUUCUGGUGCAUCAUCUUUAAACUGGGCUUCAAGCAUGGGCAUAGCCAGGAUUUAUUGGGGGGGGAGGACCUCAGUUAAGUGAUAUAUAUAUAUAUAUAUAUGUACGGUAUGUAUGAAUGACGUGGGUAGCGCUGUGGUCUAAACCACAGAGCCUAGGACUGGCCGAUCCGAAGGUCAGCAGUUCGAAUCCUGGCGACAGGGGGAGCUCCCGUUGUUCUGUCCCAGCUCCUGCCCACCUAGCAGUUCGAAAGCACGUCAAGUGCAAGUAGAUAAAUAGGUACCGCUCCGGCGGGAAGGUAAACGGCAUUUCCAUACGCUGCUCUGGUUCGCCAGAGCUCGCCACAUGACCCAGAAUCUGUCUGUGGACAAACGCCGGCUCCCUUGGCCUAUAGAGCGAGAUGAGCGUGCAACCGCAGAGUCGUCUGUGACUGGACCUAGUGGUCAGGGGUACCUUUACAUAUAUGUAUGUGUGUAUAUAUAUACACGCACACACACAGUGGUACCUCGGGUUAAGAACUUAAUUCGUUCUGGAGGUCCGUUCUUAACCUGAAACUGUUCUUAACCUCAGGUACCACUUUAGCUAAUGGGGCCUCCCGCUGCUGAUAUAUAUAUAUAUAUGGGGGUAGCUGCCCCCCCUGCCCUCCCAUGGCUACACCCAUGGCUUCAAGUGGACAGCCCUUUCAAAAGAGGACUGGUUCAUGUAAAUCAGGAUACAUCAGCGCCCCACCCUUGUGCCAUGUGAGCCCAUGGUUUUUUAACAGAGCCCGAAGCAGUUGACUUUCAGCCCCAUAACCAAUAAAUCCAUUGAGCUCCCAGUUAGUGGGUGGGAGAGCAUAGCUACAGCAUAGGAUAUGUAGCCUGUUUUAUGAAGUAACCAUGAAUAACAAGGAAAUCAGAGGCAGAGAGGUGGUGUUGAGUGACCCUCUCCGUCGCCUUUCACUUGAAACCGCGCUCUUGUUCCGUUUCCCAAUGCAUAACGCGAUCCGAAUUGCAUCUGGAGGAGUUUCCUAUGUAAGCCUCCCCCUCUCAAGCCCCUCCCUCUCCCCUCAGUUUUGCCCUUCCCGGCCGCCGUAGCUCACAAACUCUUUAACAACUAUAGCUAUUGGCAGGAAAUUUAAACUUGGUUCAUUGGCAGUUUCGGGAAAACAAGGUCUUAAAUUCAUGGGCGGAUGAAAGUUUUGCAUGUAAGUAAAAGGUUCGGUUUUUAAGGAAUGCUGGCUGAGGAUCCCAUCCCACUGAUGGGAUCUGCUUAAAGCCUUUUACUCAAUUGCAUGUUUUUGGUCUCGUGAACGUGUUUGUUCACACAUUAUUGCUAAAUAGCCUUCGCUACGUUAAUGGGUCCCGCUGUGAUUUUGCAUGAUGUUCCCCAGUGAAUGCAAGAGUUAUGAUUCCCCAGUUACUCUGCGUGCUCCUCAUUUAUUUUCUUAAAUGGACAACGUGCCUGCAAGGGCGGGUGCGCGGGGGGGGGGUCUGAAACAUGCGGGUCAUUGUGAAAAAAAAGCAGUUUUUGUCAUGUGAAUUUGGAGGAGAAGAAAGCUGUGAGUUGGCUGAGGCAUGCUUGGGGUGCAGUUAUUCUCUCUUUAAGGGCCUGUUACAGGGUUAGUGCAUUUGACUGCUUUAAUAUGAGAAGGUUUUCUGGUCUGCAGUAUAGCAGAACUUUUAUCUGUGCUCUUGGGACCUCUUUGUUUUAAAUAUUCUUGGAGCUUCAGCAAAUGUCCUUAGAAAGUGACAACUUCAAGGCUGAUAACUUUAUUUUCCUUUUAUUUUAGCCUUCUGAAGUGAUUGUUUUUUUAUGCUGAGGAUUCUGCUGGCCUAGCCCAUCCCAGCUUUCUCUGCUAAAAUGGCUGACUGGACGCUUCGGCAUUGGCAAAAUCUCGGUGAGUGAAUGCACCCAUGGGGUUAUAUUCAGCUCUCUUUCUAACUUUUACUCAGAGUAGACCCACUGAAAUGAAUGGCUAUGGCAAACUUGGGUCCCUUAACUUUGGUGAGUCUGCUCUGAAUAAAAGCUGAAAACAACACACAAUCUCUAGAUGAGGCAGAGUCCCCUAGCCAGCAUAGAUAACUGUGGAUUUAUUUUUAUUUAAAAUGCUUCUAUGCUGCCUUUAAAAGCAAAAGCUCUCUCAAAGUGGCAUUCAUAAAAGCAGCCUAAUGCAAUCACAAAUAAAAAAGAUUGACAAGCCAAUACAUAAUAAAACAGACAGAUGAAAUUAAAGUCCAAUAUAAUCAAAAUCAACAGCAGCAGGAAAACGCAGCAAUUUCUUUUAUUUCCAAAAAUUGUCAAGGCAAGAAACUCGGCAAGAAUAGUUGAGUUCUCGGAUCUUUCCAAGAGUCCAGUUGAGAAAGAGUUCCAGAGCCUUGGGGCUACUCUGGGAAAUGUUCUCCCCUUUCUAUAUGCCAAUUUAAUUGCACUUGGUGACAAGCAGGACUUCCACCUGUUCGUUUAUAAAAAUACUGUACUUACAUACAACAAUUUAUUUAAAAAAUUAAGUAUGGCAUAUAACAAAUAUAUAUACAAUAGAAACCAAAACCACAGAUCACCAACUGACUGUAACAAAAAUGAUUUUUUAAAUUGACUACAAAAACCUGGCAGCAUAAAAGUUUUCCCAAAAAAGAGAGUAAAGAUUAAUACAGAAUACACCUGCUGAAUCUCUGUUGGGACAGUAAUCCACACGAUUGGGCUGAUAACACUGAGGACUUGGUUUUGUGUUGAUAUCAGACGUUGCGCUCAAAGUGCUCUUGGGCCUUCAAAUAACUUGGACCCAAACCAUUUUAAGGCUUUAAAAGAGAAAGAAAGGAUAAGGAGUUCCUUUCACAUUUCAUUUUUAAUUCAUUACCUGCUUUUCCGCACUGCUGUACUCAAGGCAAUUUACAACCCAUAGAAGUGAUGAAAUAAUGUACAACAUAAAUCAGUAACAAUUCAGUCCAAUGUAAAUAAGCCCUCAUGAGUAGUGUUUUAAAUCAGGUAAUGUAAAAUUCAAUAGAUGGUGAAAUAAUAUCUACUAACAGAAUAUUGGCAAGUUAUGGUUUUGAUGCAGAGGAAGGGUGCUUUAGUCCCAGUGAAAUCGGUGGGCACAACUGAAGUCCCAUUGGUUUCAAAGGGACUAACACUGCAAUCCUGUGCAUGUUUACUCAGAAGUAAACCUUACAGUGUUCAGUUGGGCUUAUACCCGGAUAAGUGUGCAUAGCAUUGUAGCUUAAAGGAUGGCUUAAGGCUGCAAUUUGUACAUUGUACAAAUACCUCAGGUUACAGACGCUCCAGGUUGCAUGUUUUCAGGUUGCGCACCAUGCCGAACCCGUAAGUACCGGAACGGGUUACUUCCGGGUUUCAGCACAUGCGCAGAAGCGCCAAAUUACAACCUGCGCGUGCGCAGAUGUGGCGCUGCGGGUUGCAAACGUGCCUCCCACACGGAUCACGUUCGCAACCCGAGUGUCCAUGUAGUAUACACACUUCUGAGCAGACAUAUGUAGGGUUGCCCUGUAACUUUCUCUGGCUUCAACCCAAUAAUGAAACCAACUCACUCUGAAUGAUUACAAUAAACCUUUGUUAUAAACAGCAAAGAUGCAAUAUAUAGAACACCAUCGAUCUCACAAAUGUUUAACAUAGGGGCAAGGUCACAUCAAUUUACAACAUUCUAUUUAUUUAUUUAUUAAUUAUUGCAUUUAUACCCUACCUUUUUUCCAAACGGUUCAAGGUAGUAUACACUGUUCUCUUCCCAUUUUAUCCUCACAGCAAUCCUGUGAGGUAGGUUAGACAGAGAGACAGUAUCUAGCUCAAGGUCACCAAGUGAGCUUCUUAGCUGAGUGGGGAUUUGAACCCAGGUCUCCUGGGGUAACCACUGUGGUGCCUUCCAGAAGUUGUUGACUACAACUCCCAUCAGCCCCAGCCAGCAUUGCUAAUGGUCAGGGGUGAUGGGUAUCGUAGUGUGCAAGAACUGGAGGGCACCGUGUUGACUAUCCCUGCUGCCACCACUACACCACACUAGCCCUUGGUGUGGCAAACAGAAAUAGCUGGCAGAGGAAAACAGAGAAGAAAGCAAUGUGAUUGGACAACAUCCCUCAUUACUUUCCAGCCAGUCUAGAUGUCCGCGCCCAGAAAACCCAGUUGAAAGCGACAAGGAAACGAGAGGAGGCUGCCCGUUCAGCCAGAAGCCGUCCUUUGGUUGGGAAAUCUUUCUACCUGGACCUCCCCAGGGGCAAGAAUCUGGAGUUUCUGGCAGAGAGUGUGAAGCAACUGGGUGGGGUGAGUACAGUGGGGUUGUUUCUCUUACUGGUCUCCGUUAGGAAAGCCAAUGUUACAGUUCAGUCAGGCAUAAUUGUAACUAGAACCAAUUUGACAGGGAGGACUCCAUCUAGAAUGCCUCUGAGCAUAUGCAGAAUGAGUGUCCCUCAUCCGUGAGUGGACAGAGUUUGCCCAUUGCACCAGGAAGUGCAAUGUCUCCAGGGAAGCAGGUGUGGCUUCCACACAGGCAGGAGUCCCAACAUUUUUCUUUGUGCCAGUUCAGCACUGUAGCACAGUUAGAUCAGAAAUGGGUAGGUGGGGCGGUAUUUAGUGUAUUCCAGUCAUCAGUUUAAACGUGCUAGCUUACUCUUGGCUCAGUCAAGAGAUGUGCAUGGUCUUUUCAAAGUUCAGUACGAUUGGCCACCCUCUUGCAACUUAACCGCCGGGGAAACUGGGACGUACCGAGUUUUUCCUUGCAUUCUGUCAUCUUUUCCUUAAGGCGCUGCAGUUUUGGAAGCAGAAGAGGAAAGACAUUUCCGCAAAAUUGUCAACUGUUCCAAAUUACCAGUCAGAUUAAAAUAAUAAUAAUAAUGAACUGGAAGGAUUGGUUGGUUGCACUGAUUAUAGCUUGCUGAGGAAAUCCACUUGGCAUUGUGUGAAUAUUGCAUGAUGUGUGUGAACAAGACAGGCUCAGAUAAUUUCACCUGCAUACACAUGAUGUGCCUUUAAAGCACGUUUGAAGCACCUUAUUUCCCUCAAAUAAUUCUGGGUGCUGUAGUUCACCCUUCACAGAGUUCCAGUUCCAGCAACCCUUAACAAACUACAGUGCCCAGAACUCUUUGCAGGGCUUUAAAGGUAUAACGUGUAUGUAGCCUUCAUACUGUUGGUCUUCUGUCAACCUCCCCAAUUUAGGAUUGUUUGUUAGCAGGAUUGGCAGCACACACGCACCAUAGGCUUCCCCCAAAGAAUCCUGGGAAUUGUAGUUACUCCUCAUGGAGCUACAAAUUUCAUCACCCUUAACAAUCCAUCAUUUUCAGGAUUCUUCUGGGGAAAGUGCUUUGAAUGUAUGGUGUAUGUGUGCAGCUGUCGUGAUUCAUUCCAAGCAAGAAAUGUCCACCAUUAAUCAGUCAAGAUUAAUGAUCAGCUGUGAAACUGUCUUCCUGUUUGUUUCUGGCUCCAGGUUGUUGAAAGUUUUCUGAGCAAAGAAGUGACUUGCGUUGUCUCCAGUAGCCAAGAGGCCAGGCGGGAGAGGUGGAUGGAAAAGCAAAGUAGUUCUGCGUUGAAGGAUGCUCAAGCUGGAUCCCGGCCUUCAGAGCUCCAAAGGGGUCCCUCGCACAAGCCAAUAGACACUGUAAGAGAUGCGGCGGGGUGGGUUGGGGGACUAGGACUUUGGGACUAGGCGGGGUGGGUUGGGGGACUAGGAGUUUUAUGUAUUUUUUCGCAAUAGAACUCCCCACCCCCCCCACCAGUGCUCUCCUCAAAUCUGGAGAGCUGGGGGGAAACCCAGAACAAGUUUGUUUGUUAUUGUAUCUAUAUCUCAUCUUUUCUUCAAGGAACUCAGAGUUGGCAUACAGACCGCUUCCCCUUUCCCCAUAUUAUCUUCACAACAACGCUGUGAAGUACCGUAUUUUUCGUGCCAUAAGACACACCCGACCAUAAGAUGCACCUAGUUUUUAGAGGAGGAAAACAAGAAAGCAACGCAAAGCCUCUUGAGCAAAGAGGCAGGAGCGCUCCUGCUGCACUCAAGAGGCUUUGCGUGGCUAUCCCUGAAGCCAGAAGAGGAAGAAGGAUCGCUACGCACCGAUCCCUCUUGCUCUUCUGGCUUCAGCAAUAGCUGCGCAGCCUGCAUUCUCUCCAUAAGACGCGCACACAUUUCCCCUUACUUUUUAGGAGGGGAAAAGUGUGUCUUAUAGAGCAAAGAAUACGGUAGGUUAGGCUGAGUGUGACUGGUCCAUGGCUGAGUGGGGCUAAGAACCCUGAUCUUCAAUGUCCAAGUUCAACACUCUAGCACUUACAGUCAUACCUUGGAUCCCAAACGCCCUGGAACUUGGACAUUUUGGCUCCUGAACGCUACAAAGCUGGAAGCCAUUGUUCCGGUUUGCAAAUGUUCUUUUGGAACCCGAACUUCCUGCAGCCAAUCAGAAGCUGUGAUUUGGUUUUCGAAUGUUUUGGAAGUCAAAUGGACUUCCGGAAUGGAUUCUGUUCAACUUCCAAGGUAUGACUGUACACCACAGUGGUGGACAGGAAGAGAGGGAGGAGAAAUCCCAUUGCCUGGACAAAAGUCCUUGUGCUGAUGGGACAAGUGCAUUGAAUACUGCCCUAAAAAUUAACUUCCUUUUUGUGGCAUGCUAGCAGCCCCUGCGCUCAGUAUGAGAAUUACUAGGCUACUUAAAUAUCAACCUUGCCAAUGCAACCUUUUUUUUUUGUUUGCUCUGAAUUCUUAAAGAAAACCUCUGGGCUUUGAAGCAUGUUUUCAACUGACAUUUUUAAAAGAUGGAUUAGUUCAUGGGGGGGGGACUUCACUUGUUCCAUGUUUCCCAGUACCUUUUUCUUUUCUUUUUUUAAUGCUGGAGACCAAGAAUGAACGAAGGGAAGGGGUUCUCUGGCUCUGGUUCUGUUUGAGGCAGGACACUGACCCAUCUUUGGACCAAAUCAGAUGUGAUGUUAAUAGCAUGAAUGAAACAAGUGGGCAUCUUUUUGUAAACAACCACAGAUAGGCCUGCAAUGACCCAGAAGUAGAGUUAAGCCCUUUCCCUUCUGCCACGGUACCAGCAAAAAUCCCCCCCUACUUUUAUUUACAUCAGGGUGGAAGCCUAUGUUUAUCACCCAUCACUGUCGCCAAUGGGGAGAUUUUGUUCUUGAUUUUUUUUGCAGACCUGAUGUUAUUUAGGCUAUAUAGCAAAAACAGCAAAGUGCAUGCUAGUUCCAAUUUACACAAUUGUCAUGUCUAGCUCAGCCGUUUUAUCUCUCUCCACUGCCCAAAAGCAGUUUUACUUAGCAGUGCAGAGGUUCCUGCCCUCCCCCAACUUUAUUGUUUAGGCUAAAAAGAAGAAAAAUGUGCACGAGCCUCUUUAGUCCUAAUAAGCUGCAGAGGUUUUAUCAGACAGAUAAACAUUUUCUUCCAGUGUUUGGGCUAGCUAGGAAGAAUGGCUGCAGCUGCUUUUAAAAAAAGCAAUUUUUUUAUUUUAAAAAAUGUGGUCUUCCGUUGCCUUGGAUGCAAAACACCCUUCUGGUGGGACAGGGUUUCAAGCAUCAGACAGCCAAGCCUCAUUUUACCAUAAAAAAAAAAUCUCACUUCAACCAAACCAGGUUUUCGAGUGCUUACUGUCACUUACGUCUUUUCUAAGAAGGGGAGAUCUGGAUGGGCAUUCCAUUUGCUGACCUUGACAUAAGUUUUGUUUUUCUUUUUUCAUUUCUGGCCAUAGCUGCUCCUGCUCCCCGUAUGUAUGUACAUAUGUAUGUAUCUGUCCAACCGUCCCUUCCCACUUCUGAUUUUAAGAAGUCCAGCUGUGAUGCCCCCAAACCCGUUAAACUGAACUAAAAAGGUAAAGGGACCCCUGACCAUUAGGUCCAGUCAUGACUGACUCUGGGGUUGCGGUGCUCAUCUCGCUUUAUUGGCCGAGGGAGCCGGCGUACAGCUUCUGGGUCAUGUGGCCAGCAUGACUAAGCCGCUUCUGGCGAACCAGAGCAGCGCACGGAAACGCUGUUUACCUUCUCACCGGAGCGGUACCUAUUUAUCUACUUGCACUGGCGUGCUUUUGAACUGCUAGGUUGGCAGGAGCUGGGACUGAGCAACAGGAGCUCACCCCGUCGCGGGGAUUCGAACCGCCGACCUUCCGAUCGGCAAGUCCUAGGCUUUGUGGUUUAACCCACAGCGCCACCCGCAUCCCACUGUUAAACUGGACUAAGAGCGCACAAAUAAGCCUAAUGCUAAUGCCUAAUGCUUAUGAAGAAGUGAUGAAUAGAAACAGAUAAAGCCCAUUGCCAAGACCUGUGAAAUCUGAUUUCUCCAUUUGUUUUAACCUGCUCUUUCCUUUGUCCCAAUUCUUUCCCCUCCCCAUUCUUAUCCACACCCUCCCCAACUCUUUAUGCAGAACCUGAUCAGUCGUGGGAAAAAGCUCUUGCAUAAAGCCAUCAGGGGUCAGGUGAGCAACCCUACCAAUCACUUUGUUCAUCCUUGGGGUGGGGUGAUGGGUCACAGCUGUGGAUGAAACAGCAGAGUUGAAAUGCAACCAAUAGGUAACCUAGCUCAAGCCCCUGCUUACAUUUAAACUGAACAAUAAUUCGGUGAGCCGAAGCUCAGCCCAGACAAGACUAAGAUGCUGUUAGUUAGUGGGUGGUUCCUCUGACCAGAUGAGUGGAGUUCAGCCUGUUCUAAAUGAGGCUGCACCACCCCGGAAGGAUCAGGUUUGUGGCACUGAGGAUUCUCUAGGGUCCUCUUCUGUUGCUUUAUUCAUUUAUUUAUAAGCAUUUUAAAAACUGCUUAAUAUUUAAAAUCUCUUACAUAAAACAGUAUCAUAAAAAAACAGAAUUAUUUUUUUUAUGAGUCAUAGAGAACCUGGGCAAAAAUAGGUCUUUUGAAGCAACUUAUGGAUGAUGUAGAGAGGGAACAAUAUUCCAAAGGAUGGGGGCAGCAGCAGCUAAUGCCCAGUUUUAGGUGAUGGGUGCAGGGCCUCAAGUAAAAUUUCCCCAGAUGAUCCAAACGAUCUUAACAGGUCUGUACAGGGGCAGAUGGUCUUUCAGGUAACCUGGUCCCAAGAUCAUUGGGGCUUUUGUGUGACCUUGAACAUGGCUUGGUAGCUAAUCAGCCACUGCUGUAGCUCCCUCCUUACAGGUAAAGUAUCUGUGAGUCCAGGUACUCUAGUUAGCACCCUUGCUGCAACAUUCUGUACCAUCUAGUCCAGUCUCAAUGCAUGCCUCACUGUAGUCCAGUUGUGAGGUUACCAAUGCAUGAAUCACAGUGGCCAAGCUAUCCUUGUCCAGGUAAGGGUGUAACUGGCAAACCAACCUAAGUUGGUAAUAGGUGCUCCUCACCAGAAAGACUGCCUAGCCUUCCAGCGACAAAAAUGGUUCUGGAAGCACCCCCAAAGCACGUACCUGUUCCUCCAGAGGGAGUGCAAUCCUGUCCAGAACUGGUAAUCUGUUGUGCCUGGGAAUCACUUCCUUGCACAUUCGCCUCCUUACCAGAAUUCAGUCUUAGUUUCCUGGCCCUCAUCCAGCUCUCCAUUACAUCCAGGCACCGGUUCAGAACAGUCACUGCAUCUCCUGAUUCAGAUGUAAAAAAAUCUCUAAUCUAUGUGCAAUAUAAAAACAAUAUCCAUUAGAACAAAAAUACAAUAAUGUUUUUUAGGGUGCAGUCCCAUGAGUGGAAUUUCCCCAGAUCUAAGUGGUCUUAUAGGACUGCACAGGGGCAGGCAGUCUUUCAGGACACCGUGGCCAAUGGUAUCAAAAGCCCCUGAGAGAUCAAAGCAAAAGCAACAGAGUUGUACUCCCUCUGUCUCAAAACGGAGCUUUAACCCUGACUGAGACCGGUUAAUGUAAUAGACAUAGGUGGCCUCAAUGGCACAGAGUGUCUUCCCCCAGCUUUGGUUGGUGGUCCAGCUGUACCCAUACCUGGGCAGGGAUGGCCUGGCUGUGGUGAUCUAUUUCCCAGUAUCCUCUUGAUUGGAUUACUGCGAUGGACAUAGGGCUAGCUGGUGUCAAUGCAGCCACCAGAUUACCCAGGGGACUAACACUGCACUUCCUAUCUAUAGGUUUUGGGGACCAAUUCAAGGUGCUACUUUUAACCUAUAAAGAUUUAUACAGCCCAGAACCACAAUACCUGAUUGACUGCUUCUCCUGGCAAGAUUAUACCAGGACCUUAUGAGGGUCAUCUGGGGCCAUUUUCCUUGUGCCUCUUCUGAGAGAGGCUUGAAAGAUGACAAUACAGAGAGAGUUUCCCCCCCACCCCUCACCUGUGAAAUGCUCUCAAAAUGAGACUCACUUGGCACCAACACUGACAUCUUUUGGGUGCCAGGUUCAGGCUUUAAUUUUCAUCCUGGCUUUCAAUGAAAUUUCACCCAGGUGAGUCAAGGCUAGUGUUGGGUUGGGUUGCUAAUAAUACCCCCUCCCCCUUGGAAGCAGAUGUUUCCUCUCUAUCAUGUAUUUAUUAGAGUGUUUAGGUUUUAAUUGUGGUUGUUUUUAACGAUUUCGUACUUUUUCAAAUGUGAUGGUAAGUUGCCUUGUGUCGGGUGACAGACAAAACAAAUAGAUACAUUAAUAAUCUAGGUCUCCCCCAUGCAAUCCAGAGAGCAGACAUACUACAGAAAUAUGGCCACCAAGCAGGUAAGUUUCAUGUGCUGCAGGGGAGACAGAAAGCUCUCAGGGUUAUUGUCAAAGAUAAUAUAGGUGGUAUGCGCUUGUAUGCCAGACAAACACCAGUCACUAUUAAUGGUAGUCUGUUGCUCCAUGAGAAAGCUGGGGGUUGGCCUUCCUGAGACAGCAGAGUACUGGCAAGACAACCUUUGAGUCGGUGAGUUACCUUGGUCCUACACCUGUAUUCUCUCUGCCCCACCUGAUUUGUUAUAGGCGCUCUGAUUAGUAAUUGCUAUAUACAUUCUCUGUUUUUCUUUCUUUCUUUCAGGAUAGCACCUGUGGCAACAGCAUCCUUGCCACUUCGCGAUCCUGGGGGGUACAGAUUAUACACAUAGAUGGUAUCCUUUUUCUAAUCUGGAGUGGGGUGUCCAUUCAGAUGGCUUUGCAAAGAUAAAUCAUGUCUUGCAAAAGAAGCACCUAGUCUGACAGUGAAGGAAGAACUCUCCCAAAUAUUUUACCAGCGCGGCUCCUUGAUUCCCACCAGGGCUCCCUACCUAAGAGAGGCAACUUUUGUGAGCUGAGGUUUUGUGGGUUUCUUUUUGCAUCUUGAAUUAAAGGGUAUGGUUUUCCCCCUGUGUAUGUGUCCAACCUAGCAGAAAUCUUGCUACCGCCCCCACAAAAAUAAAAAUUAAAAAAUUAACAGUUCCCGGGAUUCCCUAAAAGGAUCCUGUAUGGUUGGAAUACACAAUUUGUGUGCUUCUUUCUUCCAAGCAACUUGAAAGUUUCUCCCACCCCAAGGUCCUGUUAAAUCUUAAUAUAAAAUUUCCUGACGUGCUAUAGAGGGUUAGGGUGGGUUGUCUGAUGCUGCCUUUGUACCUUUGUAACAGUCUGGGAGGCAGGUUGGGCUAAAGAAGGUGCUUGUCUGAAGGUACCAAGUGAGCUUUGUAAUUGAGCAGGGAUACAAACCUGGAUCUCACAGCUCAGUACUAGACAUCAUCCUGUAUAAUAGGUAAAUAAGAGAACAUGGGGCAGAUUCUGGAGUGCAUGGAGGGUAUACAAUGAUGAGAGACAGAGCUAGGGAUAGAUGUGUCUAUUUUAGUCUGUGUCCAUUUUGCAUACAUUCAGGCAUAAAUCCUUUCGAUUCUGUUUUUUGCAUGAAUCAGCAAACCUUUUUUUAAUCUUCAUGAAAACGUGUAUUUAUAUUUUAUCUCGAUAGAGCUAAACCUAAAAGGGACGCGUGUGGCGCUGUGGGUUAAACCACAGAGCCUUGGCCUUGCUGAUCAGAAGGUUGGUGGUUUGAAUCCCUGCGAUGGGGUGAGCUCCCGUUGCUCGGUCCCUGCUCCUGCCAACCUAGCAGUUUGAAAGCAUGUCAAAAGUGCAAGUAGAUAAAUAGGUACUGCUCCGGCGGGAAGGUAAAUGGCGUUUCCGUGCACUGCUCUGGUUCGCCAGAAGCGGCUUAGUCAUGCUGGCUGCAUGACCCGGAAGCUGUACGCUGGCUCCCUUGGCCAGUAAAGCGAGAUGAGCACCGCAACCCCAGAGUCGGCCACGACUGGGCCUAAUGGUCAGGGGUCCUUUACCUAUCUAAACCUAUUUUAUCCUAAAAUAUGGGUUGCAACGCUAAAGGAUUUGAAUUCUACUUUCAACUUACCGUACUUUGAGGUUUAGGGUAGGGAUUUUAGCUCUGGCAGAAAGUGUGCUUAGCACACAGAAGAUUCCAGGUUCAAUCUCUGGUUUAAAGGAUCAGGGAUCUGGUGAUGGGCAAGUUCUCUGUGUUGGACCCCAUAAAGCUACUGCCAGCCAGAGUAAACUACUUGGCUAGGUGGGCCAAUAUAAGGCAUUUUCCUGUGCUACAUAUAGGCUCUAUUUAGAUGCAGACCAAUAUGCUCCAGUUAUUAGAGCAACUAGUUAAGAGUGCAUGCUUGCUCAGAAAAUGAUGGAUUUCAAAAUGGGAAACCUGAUGUAAAUCAAUGAUUUAAAUUGGUCUUUUUCCCAGAGUGAUUUAAAUCACCUUGAUUUCAAUCGAUAACACCGCAUUAUAGAGGCAAACCUCUUUUCUGCAUGAAAUAGCGCAAUGCUUUUUCCUUGCCGGAAGGUGGCAGGCCAGAGCAAUGGAUGGAAGAGCUUUUCAUUGGUAUGGGGUGGUUGCCGGGGAGAUUUUCCCUCACUCUCUUCUGCAUGGGUCUUGAUUAGGAUUGCUGACAGUCUUACUAGCUCUGACUCCCGUGGCUCAGCAGAUUGAUCAACAGACAUUCUUCUCCACUGAAAUGCCUCAUUUGCUGAGUUGUAUUUUUGUGAGUCAGUCUGCUGCUAUAUGCACCGGGGUGGGCCUCUUUUCUGUCAAUUGGCAACCAUAGCCUUAAUUGGACCAAAAGACUGAUGUAGUUCCAGCCUCUUCCUUACCAGGGAGGCUGGAAUGACAUAAGCAAGUGCUACCAGGUAAUUUAUGUGAUUCGCUAUACAAAAAGCUUUGCUUCUGUACAAUGUGUGCAUUUUUUUUUUAAUGCACAUGUUCUGUCUUGCUCAUUCAGUUUCAGAAUUGUUAAACAUAUUUAGCAGGUGUCCUGCAGGAUAAACCUGUUGAGAUGUUGCAGAGUUCUUUGUGGCAUCAGUACUGCUUCAGCAGCGAGCAUAUGAAAAAGCUGGGGUGGGAGAAAAGAAGGCUUGUUCCUCAACCUGAGCGCUUGUUGGUUCAUGCAAACAUUAGACAAACAUUACCUUAAUUGUGGGGCCCCAUCUCUCCUUUAUGCCUCAUUCUAAUCCCUCUGUCAAUUAGUUUCUGACACAGCUUACUUAAAUUGUCGGCUGAUCAACCCUGUUCCUGUGCUUGAUCUGCAGAAAUCAGUAGGUAAAUUUUAAGUUAGCUUUUUCCACGGUGUGAAGAUAAGUGUGAUCACUUGCUACUGUCUGCUGAUCAGGCUGCUGUUCAGGGCACAGCUGCAGCAGCUGCUUAAAAGUUGGUGACCUAACAAGUGCUCAAAGUUGGUUUGAUAACUGGGUGUGGCCUCUUUCCCCCUCCUUCUCUCUUCUCCCCCAUCCAAGUGUUGAAACUGUGAGGUUGUGUCCACACUCCCAUUUAUUCCACAUGCAGUACUAGCCCACCACUGGCUUGAGAAGCAGUGUACAAAUGAUUUUAGCUAUAAUCAAUAGCUCCCUGUUGUUGCUUUUGAAACACAAUGUGUUGAUGCGUUCUUUCCCAACCCAGAUAUGAUCUGAAUUGAGAAACGCCUUCCUGAGUUUUAAGCCAGCAAUGUAUAUACUGCCAGAGUUAGGUUGUGCUCCUGUUCCUCUACUCUUAUCUUUUUCUAGGGGGUAGAAUACAAUGUUGUUCUCCUUAAUGGCCCUUCCUCCUCAGAAAUGCUGUCCUACAUACGAUUGUUGUCUAAGAAGCACCCUUCCACGGCAAAGGUUGGUAAUGUUAAGAGGUACAUUUUUGUGUAGCUUUUAUGAUUUCAGGAUCGUAACAGGCCCGGGAAAUACCAUGCUUAAAAGGUAAAGGGACCCCUGACCAUUAGGUCCAGCCGUGACCGACUCUGGGGUUGCGGCGCUCAUCUCGCUUUAUUGGCUGAGGGAGCCGGCGUACAGCUUCCAGGUCAUGUGGCCAGCAUGACUAAGCCACUUCUGGCGAACCAGAGCAGUGCACGGAAACGCCGUUUACCUUCCCGCCGGAGUGGUACCUAUUUAUCUACUUGCACUUUGACGUGCUUUCGAACUGCUAGGUUGGCAGGAGCAGGGACCGAGCAACGGGAGCUCACCCCGUCAUGGGGAUUUGAACCGCCGACCUUCUGAUUGGCAAGUCCUAGGCUUUGUGGUUUAACCCACAGUGCCACCCACAUCCCUCAGGAUCGUAACAGGCCCAGGAAAUGCCAUGAUUAUGAUGUGGUAAAUCCUGCCCUACAGCAGGAAGGGCAGGAUAAAUCAUGGCCUUUCUUUCUGUGGCUGAUUGACACCAUUUGUCUGGAAGGUUAGGUACCCGCACGACUGAAAUGAUUGUGGCCCUAUUGGCUUCCCACAAACGGACUCUGUUUUUGUCGCACCCCAGAGCAGGAGAGAUUUAGCUAGAAGACUUUUGAGGCUGUUUUCCAGGCAUUUGCCAAUUCUUAGGAGAUCGUUUCAUAUUAUGCAAACAGGUUCUCAAAAGCACAAUGUAACUGUGGGGUAGAAGACUGCGAAUUUGAACCUGGGUUUGGGGAGACUACAGAGGUCCGCCUCUUCCAGGGGUUGUGGUUUCUAGUUCUAGAGCACACCAGCAUAACCCACUUUCAUAUGCUCUGGUGUUACAUAAACUGCCAUGUGAACAAGCAUGUUCCCUGACCAUUGUCACUGGGAGAAUGGGUGGGACACCAUCUGCUACAUGCACUGGCGGUCAGUGCUGCUGGGACCAGCUGCCAGAAACCUUGAAGACCUGCUGCCGUGUGCAUUUAGGGUUUUUUUUUUGCCUGCCUCUGUCAGCCUUUUUAAUGCUUGCUGCAGAUUCAUUGUCCUGACAUCUCUUCCUGUGUAUUUCCCCUGGGUUAGGUGAAGUUGGUUGCUUCUGGGUUCCAGCCUUCGGAAGGUAAGCAUGGAGGUUUCAGUGUUGCUGGAGGCCAGGGGGCGCCCUGUGUUGUCACCUGCUGCCUCCCAUCGCCUUGCAUAAACUCCAAAAUUCAUAUUGCGGUUUGGUGAUGUACACUCUGUGCUUAAAUGAGACGGGGAGAGAAAGCCAGAGAGGUUUGCUACAAGAAAACGUAUAUAAAUCACUUCAUGCAAAAUAAAGAGACUUGAGUCAGUUCCAAUUCUGAACACUUAAAAAAACAGAACUCUGAAUUGGAGGGAGAAAAUUUGGCUGCAGACAAGAAACAGGAAGAAAAGUUGCAGAUCUGUGAGUAGGAAACAGCAUUGUCCAGAUCAGUUAAAGUCCCAUCACUUCAUCUUGCUUUUCCAAACAAGUGUUGCAUGUUUCCAAGCCUAGCAACAAUAAAGAGCUAGGACCUUACACUGGGUUGUGCUAACUCUGAAGUUUUCAACCUUUUUGAGUCCGCGGCUCCCUUGACCAACCAAUUAUUUAUGUGGCACCCCUGUGGGUCUCAGGAGCCCAGUUAUGUCACCUCUUCCCUGCAGAGCUUGGCAGCCUCUCACUCUUUAUCGAACACCCUUCCUUGUGGGGCGUUUCCUCAGCCUCCUCUCCCCUCUCCUUGGGAGUCCUCUGGGCAGUCACUGCUGCUGCCCGUGGUCUCUGAGCUGCCCGCCCUGCCCCAGAGAGAGGUGCCUUCUCACACUGCCCCACAGGGGCCUGGGACUUGUCUGUCCAUUCCCAAUAGCAGGGACUGGCUGGCUGGGCUGCCUUGCCUGCUUGCUUGCUUACUCUGAGGCCACUUCAGCUUCUGGCAACCGGCACCCCCUGACCAGCCCCAGAGGCACCAUUUGCCUGCGAAGCUUGUAGCCAGGUCUGCUGUAACAAACAACUGUGCUAGCCUUUGGGAGGCAGAGAUGCAAGAGGGCAUCAGAGAUGGGAGGGAAAGAAAGAGGGACAGAGGUCAGUGUUGCCCGCAGCACCCCUGACCAUCAUUCAAGGCACCCCAGGGUGCCACGGAACACUGGUUGAAAACCACUGUGCUAACUUAUUUAUUUUUCUUGUGUACAUUUUAGCAUAUGCUUUGUAUGCCAUGGUGAUGUUGUUGUUGUUAUUAUCUAUCCACCCUUCACUCUUAAGGUCCCAGGAUGGUUACAACAAUUAAAACACAAUACUAAAAACAAUUUAAAACAAUUUCCAAUCACAAGCAUAAAAUGAGUCCCAAAAAUAUACAGCUUACUGUACAUUAUUUGCUCUCUCUGUCGCCUCUUCCCCCCCCUUCCAGGGAAAUCUCCAGUGUUCCCUUGGUAUUUAAAAUUGCUGAUGGGCUUCCUUUGUGCCGGCGACAAGGUCCAGCCACAUCUCCUGUUCCCUGGAGAUGUACUAUUGUGACUGCCAGUUCUGGACUGUCUCCCACUUGCUAACAAUGCAGCAUUGGCAUGGUGCUGGCACGGUGCCUGCCCAUGAGGCAGGCUGUUGUUUUAAUAUAAUAAUCACCUUGUUACACAGUGUUUAAGUAACAGUCACCUGCAACAGCUUGCUCAGCUGUUUCCCCCCAGAGCUGGCUGCUUAACUGCAAUCCUCCUCCCCCCCCCCCCGACUUCCUCAAAUCUGUAAUGACUUGAUGCUUAGCUUUUUAAAGAGAGGUGUCCGGGCUACCUAGCUUCCUGUGACCUUUCCACUAAUCCAAAGUCUGGGAUGCUGGUGGCUGUAUCUAUCUUUCCUCUGAUAUUUUAAUAACGAGAGCUGCCAACAGUUGCUUUUCUUCUUCUCAUGUUUCUUUCUUAGUGGUAAGGCUGAAAGCUCCAUUCCUGAAAAUUGAAGAUGAGAGCAGGUAAGAGUCACGGAGAGUCACGGGACUCUCCCCUGCCUAUUAAUUUCUCAAAGACUGGAAGCUUGGUGUCACCUGGCUCUGUCGAAGCAGUCCAGUUCCCCUUCCCUGGCCUCUGAUGUAGAAACUCUUCAAUCUUUCCCACAUAAUGCAGGGUACGGGUUUCUCUGGUAAACCCAUUGAGAGGUCCGUGGGAAUAAAAUGGGUAAUGAUGUCUCCCAUCUUGGCAUGAUUCCCAGCUAUCCCUCCAUGAAGAUCCUGUAGGUGGCUCUCUGUACAAGCUGCCUUCCCAAGGGCCAUUCUUGUUCAUUCCCAAGUACUUACUGAGAGUUUUUUCGCUCUGUCUAGGCAACUCAGGCCAUUCUUUCAACAAUUCAAGAAUUUCCCCCAACUGUAUUUCCGGCCGCUGAGAAGACAUAGCCCAUUUCAACCCCCACGAACCUCUUCCAGCUCAAAGUAAGUGUUUGUGGGGGAUGGGUGGGUAAGGUAGCUAAUGGCGUAGGAGGAAAACUUAGGAAGCUCUUCUAAUAAAUAUACAGUGGUACCUCGGUUUACGUAUGCUUUAGGUUACACACUCCGCUAACCCAGAAAUAGUGCUUCAGGUUAAGAACUUUGCUUCAGGGGGGCCACUAGGGGGCGCAUUGGAAGAUGGCCGACAAUACCAUCUCUCCCACCCACACGGGGUAAUAUGGGUGUUAUGGGAGUAGGCAGCCUCCCUUGUUGCCCCAAGGAAAUGGGGAACACUACCCUUGCCUGCUGUGCCCAUAAAUCACCCCCUAAUUCGAAAGAAGGGGGUGAGGGCCCUAGGCAGAAUGCCCCCAUGUGGACCUCGGCUCUCCUGGACGCUGUCUCUGAUCACACACUAGUUGCAGCAAUUUGGAAUAAUUAAUUACAAAAGAAGCAAAUGCACAUAUUUCAAGUGAAGAAGGGGAGUGAAGUCUGCUAAUUUAAGUGACCUCUGCGAAAGAAGACAACGGGCUGGAGAAACAGGAAUAUUUUACAAUGAAGAUACACCAAAGGCGGGGUAUGUUGACAACGGGGCUGAAUGGGGGACGGGACCUUUUUGACUUUCCUUCUAUGUGAUUUACAAGAACCCCUCCUCAUUAGAACCGUCGGUUGAACUGACCCAAGCAGGAUGAUUAAGGUCUGUGUGGAGAUAAACUUUAACCAAAAGUAUGCUUUAUGGAGACCGAGAAGCAAUAAGAGCUUUUGGGAAUGGCACAGCAAUUAAUAAGAGUCGCCAUCUUGCCAAAGGAUUUAUAGCCGGGAGGAAGAACAGAUUUGUUUUCAGACUGCAUUCCUAGUGAAUCUCCUCAGAGGUUUUGAGAAAGGAGGCAGAUUGGUGAAGAUUAAUGAUGCUAAGACUGUUUUGAUGUAUGGAAGUGAUGUUAUAUGGAAAACGUCUGGAUAUGGCUACUGGAUAAAAGAAAUAAUAUCCACGCAGGAUUACAAACUGUUCUAACCAGCUUGCGGAGACUAUCAGAGGUCACAAAGAGAAAGGAAAAAUAUAUGAAAAUAACAACAAGAGAUGUGGAAAAAUAAUAAGAAAGGACUGGAUAGUACUGUGAACAUCAUAAGGUUAGAUUUGUGGACAUUAAAACAGCAGUAAGAAGCAAGAAGUUGAUUGGAUCCCUUCGGAACUUGAAAUAUGGGUACCCCCAACAAAAAUUUAAAAUUCGGCUGUGUAAUUCGGAAUUUAUGUAAUUUGAUUUGAUUUGAUGUGAUUGGUCGGUUAAUAAAAAAUUAUUCUUAAAAAAAAAAGAACUUUGCUUCAGGAUAAGAACAGAAAUCGGGCUUCGGUGGCGCAGCAGCAGCAGGAGGCCCCCAUUAGCUAAAGUGGUGCUUCAGGUUAAGAACAGUUUCAGGUUAAGAACGGACCUCCGGAACGAAUUAAGUACUUAACCAGAGGUACCACUGUACAGGACAAAUCAAAUCUGCCUGUGUGGUGGGGAAACCAGGUAAAUAAACUGGAAUCCUGCCCAUAGCACCAGCUAUUUUUGCCUCAGGUGUAGAAAGGGAAGCCACAAAAAUAUUGUUGGGCAGGCCUGAAGUUCAGAAAACAAAGGUAGUCCUGGAUGGGACCCCCAAGUGCUGAGGAGAUUAUAAAAGUUUUAAAUUGUGUCGCCAAAUCUGAAGGCGGAGGGAACAAAGUAGGACACUGGGUUUGUGCAGCAGGGGAAUGGAAUGUCCUGAAUACGUUUGUUUUGUCCUUUCUGCAGAGCACCUGAAAGCAAACGGUCACCCAAUGAACUCUUCCCUCCUUCGGCCUGCUGUAUCAUGCCCAAACCACAGAAAGGCUACUGUGAAUGUUGUGAAGAAGUCUUUGCAGAGUUGCAGAUGGUAAGAAAGUCCCUUACCCCAGACCUGGGCUUCCUCUGAAGGAGAACAAGUCCACUUAUACCAGUGUCUGCCCAGUCCUGGGACAACUACCUACAUUCUGAACUGCAUAUACUAAAGCUACAGCAGGCUUUGCAGCUUCGGCCUUGGAAGACAUAACCUCUGCUCCAUUGUAGUACUAGGUCUAAGCUAGGCAGGGUACUAAAGCCUUUUCCUAUACCAAUUUAUAUCAUGUUCAGCCUAGUGCUGUGCUGAAAAUGUUCCCUGCUCUUUUUGUAAACCUAUUUGCAGGCCAUGGCAGCAUUUGGGUGAUUUAUGCAAUUUUGGGAGGAGGCAUGAGGGGAAUAUUAAAUUUUCAGUGGUGAAGAGCUUUACCAGAAGAAUGGAUUUACCCCCAAAAUCCUCAAAACAGCUGGUGGCCACAUCUGCCCUGCAGUGACACCUCUGAGUGGCCUUGCAUCACAGCAUAGUGUUGUUCCAGGUGAAUUGUACAGUGGUACCUUGGGUUAAGAACUUAAUUCGUUCUAGAGGUCCUUUCUUAACCUGAAACUGUUCUUAACCUGAGGUACCACUUUAGCUAAUGGGGCCUCCCGCUGCCACCACGUCGCCACGCAAUUUCUGUUCUCAUCUCAAGGUAUUAUUUUUGGGUUAGUGGAGUCUGUAACCUGAAGUGUCUGUAACCUGAAGCAUCUGCAACCCGAGGUACCACUGUAUAUGGAGGUGGGCCGAAAUAGAAUUCCAUUUUUAUAAAGGAAAUAGAAAGCCUUUGUUGCUUGUGCCAUUUUUCAGGUAAAGCUCUUUGCCACUCCAAAAAAUUUCACAAUUUCCCCCCAUCCCUUUACACACACACGUGACCACUUUGAAGAUCUGCAAAAGGUUCCCAUUGGAAUUUCAGACCCAGCUCUCAUUCAGCCAACUGUCUGGCUUUGGAGACACCAGCACCAUUAGCCAUGUACUAACAGGCUCAUCUUUGCAGCAUAAGGGAUAAAUCUGCUUGUGUUUUUAAAGAAGCUGAGCUUUUCAGGAAGAUACGUUCUGUGAUAGUGUUGCAUUCUGUGCUCUUACAGAAUCCCAGCAUAUGCACAGCUCUGGGUACUAAUGUCUCUCAGGCCUGGUAGUGCAGAUGUCACUGAAGAAUAAAUGCAUUCAGUGCUGAAUAGACUGGGAGGAGGGACAAGUCCUCAUGCCUCUGUUUAUCCCUCCUGAGAAUUAAAAGUCUGGUAACUUCCUUGGAGACCAGUGGUUUUCUGUUGUGCAGAAUGCAAACCCCCAAAUUGGUCCAGUUUCUUAAAUAUUGGCACAAACAUAUUCAGUUGGGCACUGAUUUAGUAUUACUCCCUCUCCCCUGGCAGUUCUAUUCUUUUCUUUGGUGGGUAAGCUCCUGAGGUCGUAUCAGUCUUCCCAGCUCCUAAACAAGGCAAUUCCUCACUGAUCUAUUUUGUCUGGAUGCUUAAAUAAAGAGGUUUGCUGGUACAGAAUCUUUCAUUUCCUUCCCAUCUUCAGACCUCCCCCAUUGCCUCUGAUGCAGCCGUUUUGCCUUUUGCAGCACCUUCAAAGUCAACGGCAUAAAGAAUUUGCGCUGGAUCCGUCCCACUACACUCUCGUGGACAGCAUCCUCUCUCAACUGACCAACGACUUCGUGGUUUCUUCCUCCUCUCCACCACUGAGGUGAAAGUUUAACUCAUGGGUUUUGGAGGGGGUGAAGAGUUAUAAGUAUCCAGCUCUUUUUGAAGGACUCAGGAAUCACUGCAUAAAUCUGAUGAGUAUUGUGGCUAUAUUCAGGGAUUCUGAUCUACAGUUGUAGAAACUGACUUGGCAGGACGUUCAGGAUGGACAGAAGGAAGCACUUCUUCAUGCAGCAUAAUCCUGGAUUGCCAGUAGUACAUGUAAAAGGGAUUUACAGGUCUUACUAGACCACAAGUUUAACAUGAAUCAACAGUGUGAUGCAGCAGCCAAAAAUACUAAUCAAGGGGAGUAAUAGUCUUGCUCUAUUCUGUCUUGGUCAGACCACACCUAGAGCCUUUUGCGGGAUGGUUUAGGAAAUUGGGUAUGUUAAGCCUGGUAAAGAGGAGACAGAAAGGAGAUAUGAUAGCCAUCUUCAAGUAUCUCAAGGGCUGUCACAUGGAAGGAGAUUCUGACUAAACAUCAGGAAGAACUUUCUGACAGUAAGAGCUGUUCAACAAUGGAACAGACUCCUUCGGAAAAUGGAGGGCUCUUAAGCAGAGGCUGGAUGGCCAUUUGUCAUGGAUGCUUUAAUUGAGAUUUCUGUAUUGCAGGGGGUUGGACUAAAUGACACUUGGGGUCCCUUCCAGUUCUUUAAUUCUAUUAUUCCCUUCAUUGCUUGUGACAAAAGUUUGUCUAGGUGGCUGAAAAAUAUAGAAGAAUAUCUGUCUUAUGGUCAUGCUUCUGACUGAAGAAUAAAACCCACGGUGGGGCCAUUUUAUUUUGUUUAGUCUCUCUAAAGCAGUCCAAUGGCAUUGUUCUUUGUGUAAUAUGAUAAAAUUAAAACUUCCAGUAGAAGAACUGAACAGAAGCAGAUAAUUGGUUUGGGAACACUAAAAUAAUGAUUUAUUUUUUAAAAGGUACAAAAAAUAUUGACACCUGGGGCCCAAAUGUGCUAUAUUUAUAUCAUUUGCUAUCUUUAUAUUCUCUUCCUCUUAGGAUGCCUCCCAGUGCCUGUAGUGGUGACUAUUCUGAAUUUCGUUUGGAGGACUAUUGCAUGUUUGCUGGAGGACAGACUGUCAACCCAGAGGCUUCAGCUCACUUGCUCCAGGACCAAGACUUUCUCCAUCUUGCAGAGCUACCCCUAGAGAUGCUCCUCACCCCAGUGCCAUUUGGAUCCCUGGGGUCAGCAUCCGAGCAUCACAAAGCGGGCAGACUGGUUGCCAGUACUUGCUCAGAGGCUGCAGCCUCCGCUGAGGCCGACCACGGUGCCGUCCCCCCAGAGAGGGGGCUCUUAGUUCAGCCUGCUGCGCUGUCUCGGAAACGCAAGCUCUCCGGCAGCCUGCACGGGCAGGCAAGAAAGAAGCGAGCCUUAUCCAAGCAGCCCUCAAACGACAGGUUGCCGGAUGAGAAGUUGCUGCUCCCUGGGAACCAGCAGGCUGGCACGACAGGAUGCCCUCCGAAUCAGAUGGCUUCCAGACCCCUCAGCUUCUCUGCGGUACCAUUCAGCAACCUUGGCCCCUCACACUUAACUUGGGACAGUCUGUCUUCUGAGCCUCUUGCUAUAGACACCGGCUGCCUCCAAGACGCAGUGCGACAGCGGGGCCAGGGCGAGGUGGCUGCUCUUUCUCCCUAUCAAGGGAAGAACGCAUGCAUUUCUUGGGACUUUCCCAGCCCUAGUAUUGAAUCAAGAAGCAUGUCUGGCUUCCCCAUGGGCAAGCACAUAGCCCCCACGCUGCUGGGCUCUGUGGACCAGCACUGCUUGUCUUUCAUGGAUAUAUCUGAACUAGCUUGGUGUGUUACCUCAGCAACUGGGCCUAGGCCCUAGCCAUGGCCUCUCUGCUCCUCUCUGCCCACUGACUAGUCUUUCUCCUGAGGCAAAGAGCCCUCCUUCCAUGUCAGAAUGGGAUAAACUGCCUUCCAUUUCCCCUUCAAGAGCUUGAUGGAUGCUGCACUGCUAGGGACCUGCGUCAGCCUGUGUGAGGCAGCAACUAUGAAUCCCAUCUCUGUUCUGCGCUCCUACAGAAAACAGCCAAUCUCAGGCUGCAAGGAGGACUAGGGUUACAGGAACAGCCGUGUGGAGAUGGAGGGGACUCAACUGCAGUUGGAGCUUGUGUGGAAAACUGGAUAAGCUAGGCUUCACUUCCAGAGGCCUGCUUCCUCUGCUCUGCAUCCUCCUCCAUCUCUGUUUCCUAUGCCCUCUCUUUGCUCUGCCUCUUUCCAUCUCUGAGCUUCUUUCUCCUUCACUCCUCUUGCAGGUGGGCUACCGCCAAGUCUUCCUUUCUCUUCCAGUAUCCUACGGAGUCAGGAUUCAUAACUGCAUCCUUACAAGUGCUCUUUGAUUUGCGUGCUUCUUAAUGUGGCUUUUUUUCUGCUCUGCACCCCCUUUGAACCGA